GCCGUGCUGUUUAGUGUAGCAGUGUUUUAUUGAGUUUACAUUACAGAUCAGGGCUGAAAUCUUUAUCCCCUGCAGACUAAUCCGACUUAAACAGCGAGUUCAAAAAGAUCACAACUUUCUCUGUGGUACAAGUGGCAUCUCCUCUUCUCCUUGGCUCCCUCUGAAGGCCUACAGUAGGCUCCAGGAGGAGUGUGAAUGUGCAGAGACUCUGCUGUUGCAUGCUGAGUGAUGACGAUAGCCGAAACCCACCCACAGUUGAUUUAAAUGCCCGCGCACGGCUCUCUCCCAUCUCGUCACUGUGUCUCCCGUUGCUCUGCAUUUAUAAGGCGCCCCGGUGCGCGGAAAGGCACAAGCAUGCCUCGUCUCUAGAGAGGCAGAGCGCGGCGUUCACACUUGGAGACGGCUUUUUUUUUCUCUUUUGGAUGAGAAGACUUGUGCUGCUGCUGCUGCUGAAGAAGAAGAAGAAGAGACGCGGGAGCGCAGGAGUUUUACCCCAAGUUCACUGCAGCAGGUCGUAGUGACAGCAGCGACCUUGUUCUCAGGGAAACAUCCCUGGGGACGCACACAUAUACUCACACACCCAGUCACACACACACACACACACACACACACACACAGAGUCAAACACACACAGCACCAUGGAGUCGGAGCCCACAGUGUGCCAGCUGCAGCCCAACAUCAUCUCAGUGCGUCUUUUCAAGAGGAAGAUUGGAGGUCUGGGCUUUCUGGUGAAGCAGAGGGUGUCCAAGCCGCCUGUGAUCGUGUCCGACCUGAUCCGUGGCGGCGCGGCGGAGGAGUGCGGCCUGGUGCAGGUGGGCGACAUCGUCCUGGCCGUCAACAACAAGCCCCUGGUGGACCUGACCUACGAGCGGGCCCUGGAGACGCUGAAGAACGUGUCCCCCGAGAGCCACGCCGUGCUGAUCCUCCGCGGGCCCGAGGGCUUCACCACCCACCUGGAGACCACGCUGUCCGGAGACGGGCGCCAACGCACCGUGAGGGUCACGCGUCCCUCCUUCCCGGCCUCAAAGUCCUACGAGCACUGCUCCCCUCUCAGCCCGUUCAGCCCCGGGCAGCAGCAGCAGCAGCAUGUCAACAAGGAGCCCCAGCUGAGGGCCAUCGAGAACCUGUCCUCGCCGUCCAUCACCCAGUCCAUCCUGCAGAGGGGCGGCGUGCAGGUCCAGGACCCCCUGCUGAUGAGGGACGGGAGCCGCGGGGCGCUCCUUUGCAACGGGCUGGAGGAGAACAACGAGCUGCUGAAGGAGAUCGAACCGGUGCUGCGCCUCAUCAAAAACAGCAAAAAGGAGAUCAAUGGGGAAGGACAGAGGAAUGCUGGGAGGAGAGACGCCGAGAUUCAAGUGGCCUGGGACCUUGGCGUGGGAAAUGGCACUUCUCCCCAGCUGGCGUCAGAUAACAACAGAAUGCUGGAAAACAUGCCGGUGGUGCUGCACAACGCUGACACUGACAAGCCCCCGGCCCAGGGCAGGACCUCACCCACCAAGUCUCUGCAGAACGGCAGCCCCUCCAAAUGCCCCCGCUUCAUCAAGAUAAGGAACUGGGAGACCGGCACCGUCUACAGCGACACACUCCACCACAGCUCCGGCAAGAUGCCAAUCUGCACUGAAAAUGUGUGCCUCGGCUCUGUGAUGACGCCCAACCAGCACGUCCGCAAACCAGACGAGGUCAGAACCAAAGACGAGCUUCUUCCACUGGCCACUGACUUCAUAGACCAGUACUACACCUCCAUCAGAAGGAACGGCUCUAAGGGGCAUGUGGACCGGUUGGAGGAGGUGACCAAGGAGAUUGAAGCUUCAGGAACGUACCAACUGAAAGACACUGAACUGAUUUAUGGAGCCAAGCACGCCUGGAGGAAUGCUGCCCGAUGUGUCGGCAGGAUCCAGUGGUCCAAACUGCAGGUUUUUGAUGCUCGAGACUGCACAACCGCUCAUGGAAUGUACAACUACAUUUGUAACCACAUCAAGUAUGCUACCAACAAAGGCAACCUGAGGUCGGCUAUAACCAUAUUCCCCCAGAGGGUCGAUGGCAAACACGACUAUCGAGUGUGGAACAGUCAGCUGAUUCGUUAUGCCGGCUACAAGCAGCCUGACGGAGAGAUCUUGGGAGACCCUGCUAAUGUUGAAUUUACUGAGAUCUGCAUGCAGCUGGGAUGGAAGGCUCCGAAGGGCCGUUUUGAUGUCCUGCCCCUGCUGCUGCAAGCCAACGGAAACGACCCUGAGCUGUUUGAGAUUCCCGAAGACCUCAUCCUGGAGGUGCCCAUCACACACCCAAAGUACGAGUGGUUCAAGGACCUGGACCUGAAGUGGUACGGCCUCCCGGCUGUCGCCAACAUGCUGCUGGAGAUCGGCGGCCUGGAGUUCACUGGCUGCCCCUUCAGUGGCUGGUACAUGGGCACAGAGAUCGGCGUGAGGGACUUCUGCGACAGCUCGCGCUACAACAUUCUGGAGGAGGUUGCUAUCAAGAUGGCCUUAGACACCAGGAAGACUUCCUCCCUCUGGAAAGACCAGGCACUGGUGGAAAUCAACAUUGCUGUUCUCCACAGCUUCCAGACAUGCAAAGUGACCAUAGUGGACCACCACUCAGCCACAGAGUCCUUCAUGAAGCACAUGGAGAAUGAGUACCGGGUGCGGGGAGGCUGUCCCGGGGACUGGGUCUGGAUCGUCCCUCCCAUGUCUGGAAGCAUCACACCGGUUUUCCACCAAGAAAUGCUCAACUACCGCCUCACCCCGUCUUUUGAGUACCAGACUGAUCCCUGGAAUACCUACGUGUGGAAAGGAGUCAAUGGGACGCCCACGAAGAAGAGAGCCAUCGGAUUCAAGAAGCUUGCCAAGGCUGUGAAGUUCUCGGCCAAGCUGAUGGGCCAGGCCAUGGCCAAGAGGGUGAAAGCCACCAUUCUGUUCGCCACAGAGACGGGCAAAUCGCAAGAUUAUGCCAAAACUCUCUGUGAAAUCUUCAAGCACGCUUUCGACGCGAAGGUCACGUCGAUGGAUGAAUAUGACGUGGUGGAUCUGGAGCAUGAGACGCUGGUGUUGGUGGUGACCAGCACAUUCGGAAAUGGAGAUCCACCUGAAAAUGGAGAAAAAUUUGGAGGUGCCUUAAUGGAGAUGCGCCACCCAACAAACAACACAGAAGACAGAAAGAGCUACAAGGUCCGUUUCAACAGCGUGUCCUCCUACUCCGACACUCGCAAGUCCUCCAGCGACGAGCCCGACGCCAGGAUCCACUUCGAGAGCACCGGACCUCUCGCUAAUGUCAGGUUCUCAGUGUUUGGCCUUGGCUCCAGGGCCUACCCACACUUCUGCGCCUUUGCCCACGCUGUGGACACGCUGUUUGAAGAGCUGGGGGGGGAGCGCAUCCUACGCAUGGGGGAAGGAGAUGAGCUGUGCGGCCAGGAGGAGUCAUUCAGAACCUGGGCCAAGAAGGUUUUUAAGGCCGCCUGUGACGUGUUCUGCGUUGGCGAUGAUGUGAAUAUCGAGAAGGCCAACGACUCGUUGAUCAGCAACGACCGCAGCUGGAAGAAGAGCAAGUUCCGUCUGACGUACACGGCCGAGGCCCCGACCCUCACAGAAGCAUUGAACACUAUUCACAAGAAGAAGGUUUACGCAGCAAAGAUGCUCGAAUCGCAAAACUUGCAAAGUCCUAAAUCAAAUCGCUCCACCAUAUUUGUGCGGCUCCACACAAACAACCACGACAGGCUGAGCUACCAUCCCGGCGACCAUCUGGGCAUCUUCCCUGGCAACCACGAGGACCUGGUGACAGCUCUCAUAGAUAAAUUAGAGGACGCUCCACCUGUCAAUCAAAUCGUGAAAGUGGAGUUCCUGGAGGAGAGGAACACUGCCCUAGGUGUGAUCAGUAACUGGACAAGUGAGACUCGUAGCCCUCCCUGCACCAUCUACCAGGCCUUCCAGUAUUUCCUGGACAUCACCACGCCACCGAGCCCCGUGCUGCUGCAGCAGUUUGCUGCUCUGGCAACCAAUGACAAGCAGAAAAAGAAACUAGAGCUCCUCAGUAAGGGCUUGCAGGAGUACGAAGAGUGGAAGUGGUACAACAAUCCGACCCUGGUGGAGGUGCUGGAGGAGUUCCCCUCCAUCCAGAUGCCCUCCACUCUGCUGCUCACCCAGCUGCCCCUGCUGCAGCCUCGCUACUACUCCAUCAGCUCCUCUCCAGACCUGCACCCAGGAGAGAUCCACCUCACCGUGGCUGUGGUCUCUUACCGAGCCAGAGAUGGAGCGGGACCUAUUCACCAUGGAGUGUGUUCGUCGUGGCUCAACAGGAUAGAGAAAGGGGAGAUGGUGCCGUGUUUUGUCCGGAGUGCUCCGUCAUUCCAGCUUCCCAAAGACAACCAAGCUCCUUGUAUCCUGGUGGGUCCAGGAACAGGGAUCGCCCCUUUCAGAAGCUUCUGGCAACAGAGACUAUAUGACCUUGAACACAACGGAAUCGAGUCGUGCCCCAUGAUCCUGGUGUUUGGCUGUCGGCAGUCUGAGAUGGACCACAUCUACAAGGAAGAGACCAUCCAGGCCAAGAACAAAGAGGCGUUCAAGGAGCUCUACACGGCCUAUUCCAGAGAACCCGGCAAACCAAAGAAAUAUGUACAGGAUGUACUGCGCGAGCAGCUGUCAGAGACGGUGUAUCAGUGCCUGAGGGAGGAGGGAGGACACAUCUACGUGUGCGGGGAUGUUACGAUGGCUGGGGAUGUUCUCAAGACUGUCCAGCAAAUCAUCAAGCAGCAGGCCAACAUGACCCUGGAGGACGCUGGCUUCUUCAUCAGCAAGCUGCGGGAUGAGAACCGCUACCACGAGGACAUCUUCGGUGUCACCCUGCGCACCUACGAGGUCACCAACCGGCUUCGUUCAGAGUCGAUCGCCUACAUUGAGGAGAGCAAAAAGGACUCAGAUGAGUAA